CUUUAAUGGCUUGCCCUUUGGUAUCACAUCAUCGAUAUUAUUGUGCUUAUAGGUGCGUAGGUGCGUAUCGACAAAAUGUUAAGUGCUGAAAAUGGAAUUAAUCAUUGCCUAAAUAUGCGGUCAAUCCUUUUUUGUUAUAUCUAGCCACGAUUGCCCGGUUUCAUGUAAUGAGGUUUGGCUUCGGCAGAAAUUCCGAUGGACAGAGUACGUUUAACUGGCAUUUAUUCCAUGAAUACAAUGUCAGCCAUCUUCAGGCAUUUUGCACGUAGUCGCAGCAUGAAUUUGGAGGUGGUUGUGACAGCCUUUUUGGUGCUGCAUGCCGGAAAAAUCCAAGAAAAAGCCCAGCCCAGAAGGCCUAAAUUUCAGCACCAUUUUAAUAUUACUGACUUCCCUUCAUGUCCCAUGACUCAUAAUCAGCCUUCGCGAUUAACGGGGAGUCAGGAUCUCUUGACUUACUUCAACAUUAUACCGAUAUACAAUAAAUACGUUCGUCCCUAUUCUCCACCCAAUCGAGCCGCAGGCUUGGACCCAACAUUAUCUUCUUAUAUCGCGAAUCUGCCUGGAAAGAAUGAUAUGGAACCCGACGGCUAUCUGCUCAAUCUUUUACGUGAUCCACAAGCGGUAGAAAGCGGAGCAGCCAUUCGACCCUUGGAUGCCGAAACGCUGAAAGAAGCCUUCUCGCUCAAAGAAGGCCCCAUUCCAAGAGUAAGCUACUCUGUCAUAUAUUUAUAUUUAUAAAUAUAAAUGGCAAUGUGGGACUAGUUCAAGAUAAGCUAACUGGAAGGACAGUUUGAUGCUUCUAUUUUCGGCACCGAUGACAAUGGCGUUGCUGAGAAAGACGCUUACGGAGUGCCUACAGGUAAAUAGUGGUUGACAAACAAGCAGUGGGGAAUUCAGCCAUAAGAGGCUAUGUGACAAGAAUAAGAAGCAGAAGUAAGAGGAAAUGUGAGAGUAAACAUUGAUAAACCAAAAUUCUAUCAAAUAGGUGAAGGCGAGAAACGACACAAAAAGAAGAAGAAGAAACGGAAACAUAACCAUGAACAUGAAGAAGAUGGACACUCUCACAGCGAACACAAGAAAA